GCACGCCCAUUUUGCUUGCGCUGUCUGCAUCGAGGUGUGUUGAAAUAUCAACAGACACAAGAGGACAAAGAGCUGCAAUGGAUGGUGAUGUUGCUGUUGGUGUGAAGAGAGGCUCAGAUGAGCUCAGCAUGUACGGUAGCAGCCCCAACUCUAUGACCGCAAAUGGCAGCGACAGUAAGAAGCAGCGUCUGGAUGAGUCGCCUCCCUCCAGAGUCCUCCACAUCAGAAAACUUCCCAAUGAAGUGACAGAGACUGAAGUCAUUGCUCUGGGGCUGCCCUUUGGAAAGGUCACCAAUAUACUGAUGCUGAAGGGAAAAAACCAGGCAUUUCUAGAGUUAGGUACAGAGGAAGCAGCCAUCACUAUGGUGAACUACUACACAGCCGUCACGCCACAGGUCAGAAACUCUCCUGUCUUCAUCCAGUACUCGAACCAUAAAGAACUGAAAACAGAUUCUGCUCUGAAUCAGAGAGCCCAGGCUGUACUGCAGGCGGUGUCAGCAGUUCAGGAUGGGAGUUCUCCAUCCUCUGAUCCUGGAGUUUUGGAGCUGACUCCACCCCCCAGUCCUGUCCUGCGAAUUAUUAUUGACAACAUGUUUUAUCCGGUAACACUGGAUGUUUUACAACAGAUCUUCAGUAAGUUUGGGACAGUGAUGAAGAUUAUAACCUUCACCAAGAACAACCAGUUUCAGGCUCUUCUGCAGUUCAGUGACCCUGUCAAUGCUCAGCAAGCUAAACUGUCCUUGGAUGGACAGAACAUCUAUAAUUCCUGCUGUACUCUGCGGAUAGACUUCAGUAAACUGGUCAACCUCAAUGUCAAAUACAACAAUGAUAAAAGUCGUGAUUACACCCGACCUGACCUCCCCACAGGAGAUGGAGAGUCAUCCAACAAGGACCAUUCUUUAUUGGGUACCCCAUCCGGAGCACUAGCCUCCUACUCUAGUGGAGGAGGUUACUCAUCUUCUCUCUCCCUCUCACAGGGUGGAGGAGCCAUUAGUCCUCUGAGUGCUGCAGCGGCAGCAGCAGCUGCUGCAGGUCGCGUCGCUUUAUCUGGGUCUGGAGUGUCAGGGGUCCUGUUGGCAUCCAACCUAAAUGAAGAGAUGGUCACGCCUCAAAGUCUCUUUACCCUCUUCGGGGUCUAUGGUGAUGUCCAGAGGGUGAAGAUCCUCUACAACAAAAAGGACAGUGCUCUGAUCCAACUAUCUGAUGGAAACCAGGCUCAACUCGCUAUGAGCCACCUGAAUGGUCAGAAGGUGUUUGGCAAAGUGAUGAGAGUGACGCUGUCGAAACAUCAGACGGUGGCUUUGCCCAGGGAAGGAUUGGAUGACCAGCUUCUAACUAAAGAUUUUUCUGGCUCGCCCCUCCAUCGUUUUAAGAAGCCGGGAUCCAAAAACUUCCAGAACAUUUUCCCUCCGUCAGCAACACUUCACCUCUCCAACAUCCGGGAUGGAGUUGGAGAGGAUGAUCUGCGCCUUCUGUUUUCCAAUAGUGGAGGAACCGUGAAGGCCUUCAAGUUCUUCCAGGAUCGUAAGAUGGCCUUGAUCCAGAUGUCAUCAGUAGAGGAAGCGAUCCAGGCUCUGAUGGACCUUCACAACUAUGAUAUGGGAGGGAAUCACCAUCUUAAAGUUUCCUUUUCAAAGUCUACAAUCUAGUCCUCACACCCAGGCCCAACAUUAAGGUCUACAGCAAGCAAUGAAGUCGCAACCAUUCGUUCAGCUUUUCUGUGUAUAGAUUCAGUGGAUUGCAGAACUGUAAAUUCCACAGUGAUUUUUUUCUUCUUUUUAUUUUCCUUUAUUUAUAUUUUUACUUUGGACCAGCAGAGGCGGUAUUUGGCUCAGUCCCUGCCCAAAGCCGGUCCUGCCCUGACCAGUACGGUACCUUUAACAACAGCUGAUUAUGUUGUUUAGCUCCAGUAGAAGUGCGAGUGUUCUCCAGAGUAUCGGUCCACGUCACAGCUGAAUGUGGUUCCAGACCUCAUCUAGUCUUAAGAUACUCUAAACAGUCGAAACUUGUCAUUUUAAAUUUGUAUCACUGCUAAGCGCAAAUUGCUGCUUUGACAUUGAAUAUUGCUCUACCCAGAGAAGACGACGAUGAUCUGCCAGCGUGGCGGUUUCAGUCUCUCCUGGGAUUUUCUGUUGUAGUUUGAGUUUCUUCAAUUAUAGAUGUGUCACUUUCCCCCACAUGAUGAUGCUUCAUGACAAACAUUACAUUGUUUUGUGCUCCCAAGAGAAUGUCAAUGUUCACCUCUGUUUCAUCAGCGCUUACAUGACUACUUUUUCUUUUAUUUGAAAAUUCAGUUUCUGAAACAUCCUCAGUGAGCUGGUUUGCUCCCUCAGAUCUCUAUUUUAUAUAUUUUAAUGGAUUAAAAACAAAAUAAACAAACGCAAAGUUAAAAGAAAUGGAGAAAUGGGGGAUAUUACCCUGAAAGUCUGGUGCAGUGUAAAUACAGUGGCAUUUAAAGGUUUGGGUACCCCUUUUUACAUUUUUUUUUUCUUCACUGAAUAGCUAAAUAAGUAAGAGAAUGAACUGAUUUCCAAUAUACAUGACACAUUUCUUUCACAUUUCAAGCUAAUUGUUAUUUUUGUACUUGCUGUUUCCAUAUUUAAAAUGACCAAAGCAGAAGCUGUCUACCCACAGAUUGUAAGUGGAAUGACUGCAAGUUUAAUGGAAGAGCCUUCUGCUUUCUGCUUUUAAGGUUUUGCUUUGUGGAUGCGGAGGUGUGUUUAGGCGAAGGUCAUUAAUCAUAAAGCAUAUUUAAAUACAAUAAAAAUGACUGGGACGUUUCAUAGUUGAAUAAAAUGGCCACCAAAACAGCAGAGAAAUAACAGAUGAUAAAACACAUUAAAUAGGAAUAAAUUGGCAAUAGAAUUAAAUAGUGCAAAAUUGACUGUCUAAGCAUCAUAAUCACAUUAAAAGUGAAGUUUUAGUUGUGUUAACUGCCAUCAUCUUUUUGCCAAAGCCAUUCAUUAAUGCUCAGCUUUUUCUUUUUUUUUUCUUUGUAGUAUAAUUUAGCUGUCCUUUAAUGUCCCACUGGCUAUAGUACAAGCUCAAAGUAGAACUGAUCCACCCCUGAUUUCCAUGAGCAGCAGUUGACAGGUGUGUUCAUGGUGCAACCAUUUAACUCCACUUCCAGACAUCGUUAUGUUAGCUGAGUUAACGCCACUGUUUAUUUUAAACUUGGUGUUUUCUGCCCCCCUGCUCAGUCUGUUAGCUGGUGUUCAGUUAAACCUCUGCCCUGUUUAGCAGCAGAAUUUCCUCAGUAUGGAGGGCUUAUUUUAACAAUUUGAUCUGAGGUAAUUAAAAGUUCAUUUUCUUGUUGUGAUGAAUUUUGUUGUUAGGACAACAGAGAGGUUUUUUCCUGAUGACAUGUCCGUAUUUGUGCAUCUCAGCGGCUCCUGUUAACCAUCGUGUCAUAGUUGCACCACAAACCUCUAAACACAUCACUGUUAUUAAUUUGUAGCUUCAUGGGCAUCAGUGAUUUUAACUUUUAGAUUGUUAACUGCUUAGGGGAGUAAACGCUGACCAUCGAGACAAAGCUUAAGGAGUCCUAACAAGCCAUAACCCAAACAAGUUAUUGAAAAUCUGAGAUUUGGUUAAAAGUAA